AUUAAUACAAGAAAAAUGAAUGUUCUAUUUUGGCCACUAGUUCAAGAGGAUCAACAAUCCGACGUGGCAAUAACUUAUUGGUCAUUUCUUCUACAAGAUAAGAUAGUGGAUGACCUUACAAGUUCCAAGUCUGUGAUUUACAUUACAUUCCAUAUAUCCUUUUUAUCUAACUUAACUACUCACACACAACAAACACAUAGAAGCACUAGUUUUCAGAAUUCAAUCAAGAUCACACCACUACACACCACAUCAAUGGCAUCACUAACCAUGACAGCAUCAUUCUUCGCCGGCAGCUCAGCGAUCGCCGCCCGGUCACCUGUGGCAACUCAAAGGAAACUGGUGGUGGCUAAUGCUGCUAGAGGAGUUGAAGUAGAAAAGAUGGAAGUGAGUUAUGAGAAUGAAAAGGAAGGAACCAAUGGAAGGAGGAACAUCAUGUUUGCUGCUGCAGCAGCUGCUGUUUGUUCUGUUGCUGGGAUGGCUUUGGCUGAUGAACCUAAACGUGGUUCUCCAGAAGCUAAGAAAGCAUAUGCACCUGUUUGUGUUACCAUGCCAACAGCUAGGAUUUGCCGCAACUGAGGGUGUUUUAGUCUUUUAUGUACUUGUAUUGUAAUGAAAUGAACAUUGGGAUGUAAUGUUUUGGUUUCAUAUUCUUAUCCUUUGUGAUUCUAUGUACUAAGUUGUUCAUGAAACUAUCAAAUUUGCCUUGUCUAUGUUACUGUUAA